UGUGAGCACUGGCUGCCUCAGUGUGCCAGAGUCAGUGGUUCUGCCGUUGCUACAGCUAUACCUCCUCGUCACUGCUAAAUGGAGCGAUUUUAACCUUUUCAAAACGUGGAUGAACUACCCACCCCGCCUAUGAGUGUGCCGGUGCGGUGCAGCGAGCGGGUUGGAUGAGGUGGAUGCUCUGAGUGUGGAAGACGACCGCUGGGCACACAGGAUGGGAAACUCCACCAGCAGCAAAAUUAAGGUCCAGCAGCCCCAGAAGCGUGGCGUCCCCUCAGGCAAGGAGGAGCUCGAGGAAUGGAUGGCGGCUGAAAAUUUUUCCCGUCUUCCCGCCCCACGUGGACAAGAGGCUUUCUUUAAGUUCUUACGAGGUGGCUCUUACGACGAGCGUGUGGACAUCAACGACGUCCCCGUGACUGCCUAUGGUAUGGACAAUGCAGCUCGAGGCUACCAGUUCUGGCUCAAAACAGAGGGCGUUAACCUGAAGAGUCUGUUUGAGACUUACAUCGUCGAGGAGGACACCAAGCUCGAUGAAGCCACGGAGCCCUAUGGUGAACUGGAGAAGAAGAAAGAGAAAGCGGGCGAGGUAGACGACUAUGUCAAAGUACUGAAGGCGAAGAUCAAAGUCCCAUUGGAUGAUAAGUAUAAGUUAUUCAAAGAUUUCCUAGAAGAGGAGGCCAAGAAAAUGAAAUAGCGCUAGUUUUUGUAUUUUAGUUCUUAUUUUUUUUUUUUUUUUUUUUUUUUUUUUUUACGUGGGUAUGCCUUGCUGUUUUGAUAUGAUUUUAUAGAAAUGAAUGCUUUUAUUUUCCUUGCUGUGCUGGCUACGUUGAAACAAGUAUGAGUGUUCAGUCCAGCAUGUCUAGUGAUUCUCUGAAAAGGAUGUUUGGAUUUUUAUUAUCACCAAGCCCGGACCAUCAAGUUCUUGGCUUGGAUGGAUGGCUGAACUAAUAUGAACAAAAUAAUUUUAAGGUAAACAUAGGAUAUCCAUUACUGUUGUGGAGGCAGUGCAAUGUCAACUCGAAGAAGAGGAAGAACGAUACAUUCCUGUUAUGGCAGUUGUUAUGAGUGAUGUUUGUCUCGCACAGCAGAUACAGUGAGCCAUUCCUUACACAUUCCUGUUGAUUCCUGGUUGUCUUUUAACAACUUUAUUUUCUCAGAUAUUGUACUUAGCCUGUCAAGAAUGGAUAUGUCACAAAAUUUAUUCUCUUAGGAGGUUUGUAUUGCUAUACAAACAUAUUUACCAACUAUAAAUGGUGAGGGAGGCAAUGUCUUCAAUGUUGUGAGGAAUUAUAACUUUUUAAACCAGUUGUUAUACAUGAGAGGUAUACAUUGAUAUAUAAUUAACAGAAUACUUAUGCCUGCCUCCAAAAGGUAAAAAUCCUUUUUAUUAUACUUGUCACAUAUUGUGACACAUUCAGAUUAUUGAAAUUUUAAAAUCUCUGGUACAUGUUCCACAUUUUGGGAUGAUUAAUUUUGCGUUUUUUUUUUUUUUUUUUUUUUUUUUUUUUUUUUAAGUGCUGUAGAAAGUUUUGUAUUAGUUGGUGUCUCAAAUAUAUCUAGAAGUUAACACAUAAAUUAAUAGGUUCAUACUUUUGUUGUUUCUGUGUAAGGUCACAUUUAAAAAGUCUUUGUUCUGUAUGUAUAGUAUAUCUUUAAAAAAAUAUUUUACUGUUAAAACUCAUGGCAAUAGUUUAAAUAUUGUACAUGAAGUUGAUAUUUUUUUUAAAUAUUUUGUUAUACUGUACAUUAUACAAAGAUAUUUAGAUUUCUUUUUAGGGCAUAUUGGGAAUAUUGUGAUAAACAAUACCAUUCUCAAGACAGUGGAACACAGAUUAAGUGCAAUUGAAAGUACCAUAAGUAGAAAAUAUAAGUGGGAAAUAUUCUUGCCAGCUAAAAUAGCUUUGUUUUAUAGUAUAUAAGGACUGUCCUGGUACUUAAGAGAGGAAGAGAUUCUUUUCUCUUCUUUUUUUUUUUGGAUAAAAAUGUCCUUGCCUAUGAAAAAUAUGUUUUAAAAUUUGCAAAUUAUUUUUUUUGUAUAUGGUUUUGUUUCGUUUUUCUCUACGUUAUUUUGUUUAGAUAUUUUUUUGUUACGUUAUUUUACCAUUGUAUUUUUUUUAUUUUUUUUUUUUUACUUGUUACAGAUUUAAGGAUUCCAUUAUUUGUUGAUUGUUAUGCCAGCAUUAUUAUUUAUGAAGAAAAUGUAUGGUGCUAAUGUAGAUAACAGAGAAAUGUUUUCUUUUGUACUUUAUGAGCUGUUUCUGAAUAGACCACCGUGAUUUUUUAA